GCGCUCGCGCCGCUCACUACAAGCCACCGUGCGCUCCGCUGGCUAGCAAGCGAGGACGAGGCUACACAGAAAUGGCGGUGACGGCAAGGCGAGCAGCAUGAAGUGCUGAUGCAUUGCAUGGAUCGAAGCCUAGGACUGCCAGGACAACGUCGGGAAAAUGGCAAUGACGUCGAUGUAGGAGACUCUUUGUAACCGCCGUUACAAACCUGCAACACCAUCCCGGGAGACUUUUCAUCUUGUCAGCGGAGGAGAGAAUAUCUCACCGGGAGCAUGGCUUCUUACAGCAACCAGUACAUCUUCGGGGAAUUCAGCCCUGAUGAGAUCAAUCAGUUUUUCCUGACUCCGCGAUGUUAUGUUGAGCUUCCGCCGUUCAAUGACAAAGUUCCUUGCGUCAGUCAGUCUUCUGGAACUUACUGCACUCCCGCUGUACCUUAUUUUAUGGAGUCAAUGGGACUGCAGGUUUGCGAAGACUAUCAGCGCAUUGAGUUUGGCGUUGACGAGGUGAUGGAUUCCAAGCCUGUUGGGCUGAACGAUCCUUUGUUCAAGGUGUCGAGCACCCUCAACCCCCAAGCUCCAGAAUUCAUCCUGGGCUGCCAGUCUGCACAGAAGGCCCAACCGUCAUCUCCCCAAGAGGACGAUGUCCCCGAUGGGGCCCACUUCAACUCACUGGAUGGUCCUGACAUGGAGGCCUCGGCCCUGGACAAUCAGUCCUGCCAGGAUAUGGACGGACUCCCUGGCAGCUUGGGGCAGCGAGAGAGGAAGAAAAAGAAAAAGCGUCCGCCGGGUUAUUACAACUACCUGGAUCCAUUUACUGGCAACAGCAGCAGCAGCGCGGCGGACGGGACGCCUAUGGGGGCCCUGGUGAACGGACAUGCGAUGGGCGGCCCCCACCACGGGGCUGAAGAUGUGGACGGCAAGGCAUCGCCGGGGGGAGAACUCUCGACACCCGGACCGGUCUCCACGGCCGCACCGGCAGCUCCCGUCGCGGCAGCCAAGUUUGCCCCUACAGCCACUGCCAAUCAGAGGACUUGUGAUAGCCCUGAUGACUCUUCUUUGGACUUCACAAGUGGAGCUGCCUCUUUAUCGGACGGCAACAAUGCAACUUCCUGCUCUUCAUCCUCCUCUCAAAGCAGAGAGACGACAGAGGGGCCGAGGACUGCAGAUCAGCAGCCAGAUCUUUUGGCUCCCCAGAGCCCCGAACUUUCAGAUACUCCACACAGCCCGCCCUCCAAAUCCCCUCUUCCUCCUUCAGCCGCCGUGGCCGCGCCCUCUGUCGCCACUUGCAUCACGACUACUGAACUGGAGGAGAGCGAGUUUGCGGACAGUGGGGUGGCCAAUCGGCUAGCAGAGCCAGACGCCGCCGUUGGUGCAGAGGAACACCAGGGGGACUGCGAGGGCGGGGAGCAGGCUCAGCGGGCCUCCCCAGACUCUGCUGCCCAGUCGGCGGCGUCUGAGCAGGCCCCCUCGCCUGUGAUUCCAGCUGCACCUGCUGCAAACCCCCCCAAAUCUUGGGCUAGCCUCUUCCACAACUCCAAGCCUCUGCCUGGGGGCCCUCAGGCCUUUGUGGAGGUAAAGCAGGUUGUGGAGGUGGUGCCUCCAUCCCUCGCUACACCAGAGCAGCCUGAGAAAUUUGGGGAGUACAAAGACGGCCCUGUCCACGUUUCAGAGGAUCCAAUGGCCCCUAAACUUGCAGAACUUAUUGAAAAUGUGAAGUUGAUACAUAAACCAGUGUCUUUGCAGCCGAGAGGACUGAUCAACAAGGGAAACUGGUGCUACAUCAACGCUACCCUACAGGCCCUGAUUGCGUGCCCUCCCAUGUACCACAUGUUGAAGUCCAUUCCUCUGCAUAAUGAAACGCAGAGACCCUGCACCUCCACACCCAUGAUGGACAACUUCGUUCGGCUGGUGAACGAGUUCAACAACAUGCCUGUGCCAUCGAAAGCCAAGCAGCAAGCUGUUGGUGAAAAGGCCAUGAAAGACAUUCGGCCUGGUGUUUCCUUUGAACCAACCUACAUUUAUAGACUCCUCACUCUGAUCAAGUCCAGUCUGUCUGAGAAGGGUCGACAAGAGGAUGCGGAGGAGUAUCUUGGCUUCACUCUCAACGGACUGCACGAGGAGAUGCUGGCUUUGAAAAAACUAAUCUCGCCACAAGAGACUCCUACACCCAACGGGCCGGAGUCUCAGCCAGCUGUGGAGGAAGAUGUUGUCGAUAAGGAGGAAGAAGGUAGUGAGGACGAGUGGGAACAAGUUGGACCCAGAAAUAAGACUUCCAUCACUCGCCAAGCGGACUUUGUCCGCACACCCAUCACUGACAUAUUUGGUGGGCACAUCAGAUCGGUGGUGUAUCAACAGAACUCUAAAGAGUCGGCCACUCUGCAGCCUUUCUUCACCCUGCAGCUGGACAUCCAGUCAGAGAAGAUCCGCACUGUCCAGGAGGCUUUAGAGACCUUAGUGGCCCGAGAGUCGGUCCAGGGAUACACCUCUAAAACCAAGCAGGAGAUCGAGAUCAGUCGGAGAGUGACUCUGGAGGAGCUGCCCCCCGUACUGGUGCUCCAUCUCAAGAGAUUUGUUUUUGAAAAGACGGGAGGCUGCCAGAAACUAAUCAAGAACAUUGAUUAUCCCGUUGAUCUGGAAAUCAGCAAAGAUCUCUUGUCCUCUGGAGUAAGGAGCAAAGUUGUGAAAGGCCAAAGAACUUACAGGCUCUUUGCAGUUGUCUAUCACCAUGGGAACAGUGCGACAGGUGGUCAUUACACCACGGACGUCUUCCACAUCGGUCUUAACGGCUGGCUGCGCAUCGACGACCAGGCGGUGAAGGUCAUCCCCCAGUACCAGGUGAUGAAGCAGACUGCAGAGCGCACCGCCUACCUGCUGUACUACCGCCGCGUCGACCUGCUGUAGACACACACGCACGCACAUCCCGACCUACACGCAAGAUCACCCAGAUAUAUUCACAAACGCACACAAAACAUACAUGCUCUAAAUGCACUCGUUGACAGGACAGCAAAUGGACACAUGACAGAAACACACAUAAAACUAACGAACAGGAACACUGCCCAACUUGUUCUCUUUGCAAGAUUUUCCUCUUCUUCCCUCCCGUCCCGCUUUCCUGAGAACCAGCUUUUCCAACACCUUUUUUCCCCAUGGUUUUUUUUUUUUUUUUUUUUUUUUUUGGAGGAGGAAGAGAAACUGGCUGCAUUCACAAAGAUUCCCCUGUGACUGCGCUCUCUUCUCUGUGCACCACUGCUGUUUUUUCGUUUUGUCUUUUUUGUUUUUACUUUUAAAGCAGCGAGGAAAGGACUGUUGAAUAGACCGAGGGGGGGUUUGGGGUUCACGGGUCAGGACCUGAGGCUCUCCUCUGACUGAGCCCACAGCUCGGCUCCGUCGGCAAACGGAGGACUCGCACACAGGAAGAACCAUCUAGCACAGCCUGCAAGUGGACCGCCGGGGUGACUUCUCUUGUUUGAAUAACGUUUUUAAGGAAAUGACCUAGAAAUAUCAGUGUUUUGCCUUUUAGUGAAGGACUGUUUGCCGGAAUUUGCAGCAGUUUAAAAGCCUAAUAAAUUUGCCCUAGUGCAUUGAAAAGGCCCAGCACCAGCAUUAUCACGAGUCUCCUCCCACGGCCGGAUUGUCGUCUUCGCCGCCACCACAAUCUCCUCCUCAUCCAUAUCCUCACUUUUACGAUGCUUUUAAAUCUAGGUACAACUUGAGCCAUCAACAGGAGAAAAGAGUACCGUGAGAACUGAACAACUCCCUUGUUUGAGAGGUCCUCGUUAUGGUAUGUGGGGUUAGAUCUAGAAAGACUAAAAAAUAUAUAUAUAUAUAUGCGCUUUAGACUUUAAUAACAAAUGAGCAUCUGUGCAUAGAGUAUAAACUGAUUGAUCACAUUAUGACAGGCAAAUGAGUAUUUUGCAAAUGAAAUAUAAAAAAACCAAGACAAAUAUCAAAUCUGACUGAAAACUUGUUUGGAUUCUGAAGGACGAAGCUAUUUUUUUAGACUCAGUUAUUGCACGGUAGAUUUGCCAACCAAUCAAGACAUUGCAAAACCUGCCCUUGUUUACUUUGUACAUUUUCCUUCUCUAUCCGUUCUUUCUGUUGUCCAAAGGUUCCAACUGUGUACCGGUGGCUUAUCUGUGUAGUUUUGAGCCACACCACCCCUCUUACCCCCCAAUCUCAGCAGAAAGCGGGGGCUGCCUUAGGUUCAACGUGUAAUGUUUUUUCCACUCGGUGUACAAGUCUCCCCCUCAUCAGGCACCAACAGCAAAUCUAAUGUUUGUGAAGAUUUGGGGGAAUGUACCCGACACACCUCUGUAUUUACUCUGUUGUGGCUCAGCCUUCCCUCUUCGCCGCCGAGGGGAAACUGCGUGUCGAGGGGAAGUGGGACUCGAUCCGUGCGAAGCUCUGUAUGAAACCUCAGACGUGCACAAAAGGAAAUGGUGUUUGCUUUUGUUAAAAGAUGUUGAUUUGUGUUUCUUCCUUUUUUUGGGAUCACUCAUAGAUUUUGAUGAGUUUAGUUUGAGUUACUAAAGAUGUUUUUUUUUUUUUUUUUUUGUCAUUUAUUGGAUGUCCCCAUGCUCUCGCUCCUUUCUGAAAAAUAUGCUUGCAUUUGAAUUGGUGUUUGAAAAAAAAAAAAUUACACAGGCUAAAGCACAACGAAUAAAAUUGAGCUAGUUCUUCGCUUGAUAUUUAUUUCCUUAUUUUGUCAUUUCUUUUAACAAUUGAUUUUUUUUCCCCUUCAAGACCCAUCUCAUUCCCACCACCAGUGUCGGUAUCUAGUAUUAACACUUUAAUAUAUAAUCCGCUCAAGUAUUUCCUCACAGGUAGUUAAUAAAACGUUGUCCACAAGAUAGAUGGAUGUCCCACAUUUUUGCUGCCUCCAUAUUGAAAAGUGCAAAAUAUAAAUCCUCAAUAGCAGAGCUAUUACUAAGUAUUUAAGUCGAAUUAUAACUCUUCCAGUACUUUUAAUAACAAAGAUUAAAUUCUGUCUUCGUCGGACAUUUUGCAAAUUUACUUAAUUCCACACCCAUUAUUUUCCAGACCGUGUAGUCCAAAGCAGCAUUGUGUGGCGCAUGGUUUUCCUCGUCUGUUUCAAAGUCAGAAACCUUUCCCCAUGUAAACCAAAGGACUGCAUUGAUAUUGACGCCACUGCCUUCAAUGUGUAUUUCAACUUUUAUUUUGCCUUCUCCAUCCGACCGUCAGUGAUUCCUUCCACACCAGAGACGCAGGCGUGCCGCUCGUACCGGCGAGGCGUUUUCUGAUUUUACCGUUUCACUUGUGCUGCUGGCUUUGGAGUCGCAGCUUCACUAAUUGUGAUGUUGAUUUUCAUUUUCUUUUGGGAAUGUUUUGGAUUUGGGACUUUGAACGGACACCUUUUGAGCUUUCUGUUGUACAGUUUUAUCUCAAGUCUGGAAAUGUGCUGUUGAAAUGCUUCAUUAAUGUUUCUCUUUUCAGUGAGUGCUCCUAACACUAUUGUCUGCUGAGAAAUGUUGGGAUAUUGACCAAAAAAAAAAAAAAUCUCUAGUCUCUUAAUUUUAAUCCUCUAAGCAUUCUAUUUUGUUAAUUGUUCAAAUAAAGGAUUGUGCAAAAAAGCAGUUUACUUAUGAAGUGCAGUUGAAAAAAACAAAAAAAAACAGGCUUUCUUAUAAUACCCUAAAUAAUGAAAACUGCUCCGUUCUCUACACUCUGGACUGGUCUGCAGAACAAUGUGCACAAUAAACCAAAACGACUAAAGGAUCCA